GCAAAAUGGCCGCCCGUCAACCGACUGACUCCACAGCGCUUUGAAAUCUAAAUUCUUCUGCACACCGACGUUUACACCGCUGCGACGUUAGUACUUAUCAAGGUAGCUUGUUACGCGCAUCUCCACCAUCCGCCACUUACUUGACUCUCCGCUCGGGCGCCGCUGUUCUUAUAGCCUCAAAAAAGCUGGAAAAAAAAUUCGCACUGAAGCACUUUAGCUAAGCUAGCUAGCGAGCUAGCUCCUCUUCUUAUGUGAUUCCUGAGAGAAGACCAGUAUCAGGACAGGAGCAGUAGUUCAUGGAAGACAAGAAAAGGAAAAAAGACGACAAAAGAAAAAGAGAAGCCUCUCAGAAGGUAACAGAGCAAAAAAACAAAGUGCCAGACUUGACCAAGGCAGCUUCUGCCCAGUCCCCUGCCACUCAGAGCAGCUCUGCCUCCCCCAGCCCUGGACCCACCCCCUCUGCGUCCCCAUCCCCAGCCACCUCAGGCCCUGGCAGUGCUGCCUCCCCGUCGCAGGGUGGCAACAAUGCCAAGCGCCUGGCAGUGGCCAACGGACAGCCCACCUCCACCACCAGUUCUUCCUCCUCUACUGGCGGCCCCAGUGCUGCCGGAAACGGCAGUGCAGGUAGCGGAGGCGGAACUCAGGCGCCUCAGCAGCCACCGCGCUACAUGCCGAGAGAAGUGCCGCCACGAUUUCGCUGCCAGCAGGACCAUAAAGUGCUACUGAAGAGGGGUCAGCCGCCACUGUCCUCCAUGCUGCUGGGAGGGGGCGGAGGAGGGGAUGGCCCCAAUGCAAACAUGGCUGCUGUCUCAGAUUCUGGCACGGCUGCCUCCUCAGUGGCCCUCACCUCAUCAUCAGUUGCUGCUUCUACUACUACUUCUAAUUAUGCAAAUUCCAUGUGGGGGGCAAGCUCAGGCAGCCAGGCCUCCUCUCAGGGCAGGGAGAAGGUGAUUGUUGAUGGCAAUGACCUGGAGGAGUGGCCUAGCAUCGGUGGCAACGAUGGGGGAGGAGCUUCUUUCACUGGGACUGGUGGAGGCAGUGGCAACAAUGGAAUGCCUGCGAGCAGCAUUAGUGCCUCUGGCAACCAGUCCUCACCAACUUCCUCGUUCUCUUUGCCCAAUGAAUGUAUGCAGUCGUCCAACAGUGUGGCGUGGGGGACGGCUGCCUCCCAGGGUCAUCUUGGAGGAGGUAGUGCAGUAGCUGCAGCUGGGCCUCUGCUACAACAGCCCUCCUCACUUUCCAAAGCCCCCGCUGUGCCAGGGAGCCAUGAUGCCAGUGGCCCUCUCGAUGGCAGCAGUGGGAUUCCAGGUGCCAACUUCAGUCCAAAUGCCAACCCUUCGGCCUGGCCUGCCCUGGUGCAGCAGGAUGGCCCUGCUGCUACAGGGGAAGGAGGCCUGUCCUCCUUCCAUCACCAGGGCCCUGGAGGGUCUGCCAACAACUCUGCUUCCCUGGGGCUGGGAGGUGGGACAGUCGGGGUGCUGGGGGGUCACCCAUCUUUAUCUGUGAAUCAAUCAAGCACCCAUCAGCACCAAGUUCACCAAAUGCAAUCCAGAGACAGAGAGAUGGGAGGGGGGAAAUGGGACAGUGAAUCAGCGGGACCAAAAAUCGCAGGGGGGGAUGGGAUUGGUGGAGGAAUGGACCAUGGUGUGGUAGGAGGUGGGGUGACCGUGGGUGACCACAGCCUUGCCUCCUCAUGGAGAAGCCAGCCUUCUUACCCUGCAGCUAACUCCAAAACGGGUGCCUCAAGGACUGAUGGAUGGGAGGGUGGAGCAGCUGGCACUGGGGCUUUCGGAGCUGCCGAAGGAGAUAACGGAACCUCGGGUUGGGGAUACCCGAGUUCUACAAGUGGGGUCAAUGCUUGGGGGGGUGCAGGAAAUGGGGGAACCAGUAGUCAAACCUCCGGGGUAUCUCAGGGAGGGUGGGGCUCAUCAGGAGUGGGAGGAGAAAGAGGAAUUUCUGGUAGUGAUUGGGGUGGGAACUCUACUGCUGUUGGUGGAAGCAACCCAACAGAUGAGGGAGUAGGUGGAGCCUGCAGCAGUAACAGCAGCAGUAGUGGAGGAAGCACAGCAGGCAACCAACCUGCUGCUUCCUCAUCCUCAACAACCACCACGACAACCAGAGCCUGGGACAAUCAGAAAGAGGAGGGGGAAACUGGGGAGUGGGCCGGUGUGGCAGGAGAACCCGGAGCUCGGGGAGGAUCGUCGUCCAGCGGUGGAAAUUCAAGAAGUGGAAGCGGCAGUCAUCCUCGCCGGCAGGCACCCAACACUGAAGCUGCCUUACAGAGCCUGCUCAAUCGUUCUGAUCUGGACCCGCGCGUCCUUUCCAACACAGGCUGGGGCCAAACACAGAUCCGACAAAACACAGCCUGGGACGUUGAUGAGCAUGCUGGACAGAGUAAAGGGGUGUCAUCAGCUCCAUCCAAACAUCCGUCUUCUCUUGGUGGUGUUUCUCAGUAUUCUCGGGAACCUAGGACCCUAAGCACUGAUUCUAUGGGUCCAGGUGUCAGUCCUUCUUUGGUUCCAUCCACUGGUUCCUCUGGAGAGGGCUGGGAGAGCAGCAGCAACAGUAGCAGUAGUGGAGCGUCUUUGUCUGGGAGAGCUCCACCAUCUACAGGCCCCAACAUGAGGAAUAUUGGCGUCUCACAAUCUGGGCCCAUGACCACAACUGGACCUGGCAUGGGGUCAGGGACUGUACCUGGGCCUACCCAGCAGGGGAAAGAGACAGGUUGGGGUGGGGGAGGCAUGGCACCUGGGGAUCGCCAUGAGGCUAAAGGUUGGGGAAAUGAAGAAUGGAGAAGCAGCAGUAGUAGUAGAGGGGGAAAUGGUGGAGGAUGGGGCGAUCUUGGUCCACAAGGUAACCCUGUGAGUUCAGGCUGGGGGGGAAGUCAGGAGGAGAAAGGGACUUCAAGUUGGAAGGAAAUGGGUGGUAAUGGAGGAGGGAGUGGGUGGGGAUCAGACCAGAAAGUAGGGUCGGGUAAGGACUGGGGAGAGCAGGAGUCCAAAUCAAAUAAUGGUGGAGGUGGGUGGGGUGACGAAAGGAAAAAUGGAGGAGGACACUCAGGUGGGGAUUCAGGUGCGGGUGGUUGGAACUGGGAGGACAGUACUCCCCGGAGGACCUGGGGUGCAGGGGGCACAGGGGGAGGAGGAGGGGGGAGCGCAGGAGGAAGUGUCGGUGUUGUCGGGGGCAUGGGAUCCAAACCCCAUCACAGUUGGAGUGGAGGAAACAAAAUGCACCAGAUGCCAAACAGCCAGUCGGGCUCCGUCACAGGCCCACAGGCACAACUGCAACAGCAACAAUCACAGCCCCGUAAUCAGCAUCCACAGCUGCAGCAGCAAGCAUUGGACCAAGGGGCUAUGCAAGGGGGCGGAGGGAGGAAACCCAUCUCUCAAGCCCAGAAUCAGAACCAAAGCUCAGGCUGGACCUCAGGGCCCAUCCCUGGUGUCUCUGGGGGAGGUGGAGGCGGAUCUGAACCAAGCGGCUGGGAGGAACCCUCACCGCAGUCCAUCAGCAGGAAGAACGACAUCGAUGAUGGAACAUCAGCAUGGGGAGACCCAACUCAUUACAAUUACAAGCCGGUCAACCUGUGGGAUAAAAACAGCAGUCCUGCUGGCCAGCAGCCACAUGGCCAGAAUCAGUCCCAGCAGCCACAGCAAGGACCUCCAAUACAGCAGCAACCUAAUCGGCAGCCUGCAGGGCUUGGAGGUAACAGAGACUUCAACACUGGCCAUGGACCUGGAAAAGCAGCUGCUAUGGGUCCAUCAGGAUGGGGUGGCACUUCUCCAACUAGUCCUACAGUAGACAAUGGCACAGCAGCUUGGGGGAAGCCCAGUAGCCCUACAGGCUGGGGAGACCCUGAUGAUGGGAAAACAACUUGUUGGGGAAACUCGUCUUCGAACUCCAUCAAAUCUGGUUCAAAGUCUAUGCAAGAUGGCUGGAUUGACAAGGACGGCUCUGUGGCCGCCUCGCGUCACUCGAGCUGGGAGGAAGAGGAGGAAGGAGGCGGCAUGUGGAAUAGCGCUGGCUCCCAGGGAAGUGGCUCGUCUUGGGGACAAGGAAGCAAUGGAGGCUGGGGGCAGAGUCAUGCUGGGAAGAAGUCCAGCAACAAGGGAUCACUGAAGUCUGGUGGAGGAGACUCGUGGAUGAGCCCCAUUAACAGACAGUUCUCUAACAUGGGCCUGCUGCAGAAUGAUGAUUCCAGUUCGCCCAACAUCGACCUGGCUCCGGGUUCUCUUCAGGAGAAGAAGAUGGAGGUGGACAAAAGAGGAAUGGGCAUGCCUGAUUACAACGGAGACAUGAGGAAAGGAGGAAGAGGAGGAGGGAUGGCUUAUCGUCCUCCUGGUUCCAAAGAGGCAGUACCUGGGGAUGCUGGGUCUUAUUAUGACAAGACCUUGCCUUUGAUCAAUCAGGAUGGGUGCCUUGGGGAGGAGGGUCCUUGCUCUCUGUACUCACCACCCACUGUCUACAAGUCCCAUUCCCUCUUCAACCACUCUAUCCCCUUUAGACAAGGUGGUCACAGUAUCUUUGGCAGCAGUGGAGGAAUGGCCCAGUCCAGACAUCAGCCAAAUAUUCCUCCGAUGAACCAGUCCCCAGGGAUACGAGCACAAGUGCCUCAUCAGUUCCUGUCACCUCAGGUGCCAGGCUCCGUGCUGAAGCAGAUGCCCCCUCCCAGCGGGAGUGUGGGGGGUGUCGGUGGCGUGGGAGGAGUGGCAGGAGUCGGGGGAGGUGUAUUCCCUCCGCAGCUGUCCCCCCAACAUAUUGCCAUGCUCAGCAGCAUCUACCCACCUCACAUCCAGUUUCAGCUGGCUUGUCAGCUCCUCCUCCAACAGCAGCAGCAGCAGCCGCCGCCGCCACAGCCACCACAGCAGCAGCAGCAUCUGCUGCAAAACCAGAGGAAGUUUACUCCAAACGUGCGGCAGCAGGCGGACCCUCAACAGCUGGCCAGAAUCAUGGCGGUGCUCCAGAGGCAGCAGCAGGUUGGGAGUUUAGGCGGCAGCUCCAAACUCUCCCCUUCCCACCAUGGGCUAGGAGGUCCCAAACUGCCCGGGGCUGAUCCCCUUCCACACCCCGGCCUGGCAGGAGCCGUGGCCGACCUGCACCAGAAAAAUCUUGGACCGUACUCCGGCUUUGGUUCUGGGAUGAACCUAACCGGUUUGGACCUGGGUGGCUCUGUGAUGGGGGGCCCUGGAGCCAUGAAGGACCUCGGCGGCCAGCAGUCCCGUUUCAAAUGGAUGAUGGAGGGACACUGUUCUCCGGACACUUCCUCACCUGAGAACGCGUUCCAUAAAAACGGUCCCGUCACCCCCAUCAAGAUGCCAGGGAGCUCGCCCUACUCCCAGUACGACAUGAUGGUUGGAGACGGACUGAGUGACAACUGGCAUCGCACUCCUGGCAACAAGAUGGGCGCCAAGCCCACCAACACGCCGAGCUGGCCUCCUGAGUUCCAGCCUGGUGUGCCGUGGAAAGGAAUUGACCGUAUAGAUCCCGAGUCUGACCCCUACAUGACCCCAGGGAGCAUGAUGGGAAACGCAGUAUCCCCCAGUCUCAAUGACACAGAGCACCAGUUGUUACAAGACAAUACUGAUUCCACCCCUCCCCUCAACACCUUGCUGCCUUCACCUGGUGCCUGGCCCUACAGUGCCUCAGACAGUCCCCUCAACAACGCACACAACUCAGCAAAGUACACAGACUACAAGACCAGCUGGCCCCCGGAGCCAAUUGGACACAAGUCCUGGAAAGCCAGCCGCGGCAGCAGCCAGAGCCAGUUGUCCCGCCCCCCUCCAGGCCUGCCCAGUCAGAAGCAGCCGUCGCCUUCCCCGUGGUCUGGAGGAGCCCCCCGGUUGGCUGGCCGGGGCUGGGGCAGCAGCUCCAGCACAGCUGCCUCAACCUGGAGCGACGGCAGCUCUCGGGAAAGCUGCUGGUUGGUGCUCAGUAACCUCACACCACAGAUUGACGGCUCCACUCUGAGAACCAUCUGCAUGCAGCACGGCCCCUUGCUGACCUUUCACCUCGGCCUGACCCAGGGCACCGCCCUCAUCCGAUACGGCUCCAAACAGGAGGCGGCCAAGGCCCAGAGUGCACUGCACAUGUGUGUUCUGGGUAACACCACCAUCCUGGCGGAGUUUGUGAGCGAGGAGGACGUCGCGCGCUACAUUGCACAUUCCCAGGCGGGAGGAGCCGGCAGCGGAGGAGCCGCAGCAGGCUCCACCGGCUCCGGGCCGGCCACCUCCUCUGCAGUGGGGGCGAACAGUAACGGAGGGAGCUGUGAGCGCGGGGGAGCAGGAGGCAGCAGCGUGACGGCGGCGGCGGCGGCAGGGGGAGCAGGAGGAGUGGAGGGAGCCUCCACCGGCGGAGGAGCUGGGAGCGGUGGGGCCGGGUCCGCCGGCUCCGGGUGGCAGAGUCUGGACAGCACAGGCAGCUCGGCGGAGCAGCCCGCCACGCAGGGGCCCGGCCUGGGCAUCUUCACCCAGUGGAGCAGCAACGGCGGCGGUGCCGGAGGCGUGGAGGCCACGAGGCAGGGUCUGUGGGGGGGGAUGGGCGGGAUGGGCGGGGCGCCGUACCCCAGCAGCAGCCUGUGGGGCUCGCCGGCCCUGGAGGACCGCCACCAGAUGGGAAGCCCCGCCUCCCUGCUGCCGGGGGACCUGCUGGGCGGGGGGGCCGACUCCAUCUGACGCCUGCGUUUAAAGUUAGUAAACCCCCCCCCACCUUACACGCAGGGGUGACAGAAAAUAAAGCUACACUGGUCAUCCCACACACAGACCCUCAGCAGUCAUACUACAUACAGUCUCACCUGACACACACACACACACACACACACUCACACACACAAACCGCCUGACUUUAAAUGAAGACAACCGUGAAACUUGAACCGGGAGAAAAAAGGUGAAAUCCAUUCAACUCGUUCGGACUAAACUGGAUAGCUCUUUGUCUUUUUUCCUCCCAAUCCCACCGUCUGCAUUCAGAGACACGAUCACUCAGGCAUGCACUGCAGACGACUCGGCCAGAGUCGUACACGUCAACAAGUUUAGCUAUUGCUGUUUUCAGUGUGCCGCUUUUUUUUUCCCCAUUACUAUUUAAUGGUGAAAUCUCAAAAAUCCUGACUUGCAGACUGAGCCUUUGAAGACCUGGCCGGCGUACUCGACCCCCUCCCCUCGUUUUAAUUUUUGAUUUUCACUGUAUUUUUUUUUUUUUAUCGUUUUUUGGGUUCUGGAAGUUUGAGCGUGAGAAGAAAUCAGCAGUUUGUUGGAGAUUAGGGACGGCGCCACACUACUGAGUCACAUGGACGAUCAGCACCGUUUGAGAGAAGAAGAGAGUCUUUUCAGGAGGUACCGACACGUCUACCUUGGUGGAACUACACCAUCACUAUGGGACCCAGGGUAAACAAAAAAACAAAAAAAACAAACAAUAUCUAAAGAAAAACAACAUUAGCCAAACUUGCACUAUAUGCCUCUGAGGUUGUUCUCCUCCACAAAUCCCUCCAUUCCCCGAUCAGAGCUACAAACUCCAGACCUUACAGGACCGUGAAAUGUUACAGCAGCAGUGGCCUUGGCGAACGCCCAGCCGCGGCCCCCCCUCCCCCUCCACCUCCCCCCACCAUCGCCUCCCACCGCGCCAUCGGUUACACACACCGCUUUUACAUCUGACGAGCAAAAUUGUAUCUCCAAGUCGAUGUACGAUGUUUUUGGGGGUUUUUUUUUCCUUUUUUAAAUAUAACUUUCUGUUUUAAAAGAAACGUGUGAAACUUGGUGGAAAUCCAGAGAUGUCCUUUUCGUUUCACCCUUUAAACACUGACCUCGCUAUUGUAUUUUUUUUUUUUUUUCUCCUCGAGAAAUCAAGUUGGUUCUUAUAUAUUGUCAUGAUGUAAUGAUGACUAUGAUCACUUAUUUACUCGCUGUACAAGGUGCCCUCCUGCCUGCCCGUGUGUGCAUGAGGAGUGUGAACCCGACGGAGGAGGAAGAGGAGGGUAUGAUGAAGACGACGGUAUCGGGAGUGUCUUUGUUGAUGCUACAAUGUUGAAUGUUUUUUUUUUUUUUUUUUCUUUUUCUUUGUCCAUGAGAGAUUCAGGAGAAAUGUUGGUGGGUGUGUGCGUGCAUGCGUUUGUAUAAUGUGUGUGUGUGUGUGUGUGUGUGUGUGCAUUUGAACACUUAUCUGCUCUAGUCAGGGAAGUGAUGUUAAUCCCACAGCGUGCGUGUGUGUGUGUGCGUGCGCGUGUGGUAAUUGUUAUAGCUAAAAAGUUCAAAAACAUUGGCACUAUUGCAUACGUCUCUUAAGUUGUUUUUUUUUUUUUUCAUUUUUAGAAACAUUUUGUUCCAUGUUUGUAUGUUUAUUUUUCUGUCAAAUGCAAUAAGAAUGAUUUUUUUUUUUUUUUGUUUUUAAGACAAAGCAACCAACUGAAGGCAUUUUUCCGUUCGGAUGCCACAUCGUAACCAUACCAAGCUGAGCUGGAACAGUGUUUUACAGACACGUUAAAAAGACAUUACCUUGUUGUUUUACUGUGUUUUUUUUCUUCUUUUGUUAUGAUGUAUCAGUUUAAAUUAAGUCAGUCUCUAUUAUCACUCCUGUUCAGGAUGUUUGCAUUUAUUUCAGAUGUUACAAAAAAAAAAUGAGAGGAAAUUAAUUUAAAGCAGAAAAGAGCAAGAUAAUAAAGGUUGAAUUGAA